GGCUACGGCGGCAUGGACAAGCCGGCGGAGACAACAAACACAGCGCGAUAUGCGCGGACGUGAGAACGUGAGCAAGGCGAUCGUGACAGAACACCAGAACACCACUGGUGAGUGCUUCAGUAGCUGGGAAAGGGCAUCCGACGCUGCACGUCUCAUUGAGACGCGAUGUGGUCGUAGUGGUACCGCUUGGGCCAGGUUCAGCCAGAGCAACUGGCCCGUAGGAUGUUGGCUACCCAGGCAUACUGGCCAAGUGUUUGACUCGCAGGGGCGCAUUUCUCGUACUCUACCGAGAGCGUUUUCUCGCAUUCGCAUUCGUCUCGGUCGGCUACACGCCAUUGUUCGCGAGCUUCAAAUAUGCGACUGCCAUCGCCGCGGUCAAGCAAGCCAUCGGUCACGAGCCUUAGGGCCACUGGCAGUGACCAGCUACAAACAAUCUCACAGUCGACCUCAUUCUAAAGAUGCGCCAGGUUCUUCGUCGACCUCGAGUACCAACCAAGUCAUGAAGGACCAUAUCAGUACUCCUGACCUCCCAUGUUCGCUAUCAUCUCGCAACCGACUGGCUUGCCCGCUUGAUUGUCUCUCACCAUCCGUGUCAAUUAGCGACUACUCUUGUGACGUGCCACCUAGAGUACAUUCGUACUUACGAAUGUUGGGCGCUCGAGAUAUGGUACUCGGCGCUUAUGCGUAUGUGCUACUCAUGCAACCGUUUUGACGAUAAAGGGGGACAAAUGUGGGCGUUUUCCUUGGUAGUCUACUCCGACGCAAUGUGUAGGGCAUGCAGCGAUUUUUUGGGCAUUUUCUCCGAUUUUACCGCAUUUUUGAGAGGUCCGAUCCGUCAUGCGGCCAUAAAGCACCCCUACAGGUAGGUCCUAUCCUGAUGCGGACAUAACAGGGGUCAAAAUCGUGCGGACAUAAGGGCCCAAAAUCCGGGGUUUUCGGAUCGGACCUAUAAGCGCCUUGCCCGGGGUCCUCAAAGUUCCCGCAACAGAGUGUGCCCGCUCGCCUUGAAUGGCGUACAAAGUGAAAGGCUUAAGUGGAUAAAUAGCACUCCUGCAACGCUUGCCAACUUCGCAGCCCAUCGCAAAGCACAAUUCGAGAUGAAUUCAAUCCCGAAGCGCCGGCUUUAGCCUGAUCUGCUUC